AUGCUCAGCCCUCCAUCCUGCUGGGCUGGUGCUAGCGGAGUGACUACCGCCGCGCUUCUCGCCGAAAAGGGCUAUAGCACGCUCAUCGUCGAGGCAAAAGAGCGCAUUGGCGGUCGUGCUUCCACGCGAUCAGUCGAAGGAUUCUUGAUCAAUACUGGCGCCCUUGUAAUUGAGUUCGACGGCGCUGUGGCUGCCACGUAUCAAGCACUCGGGUUGCAGCUCAACCUACACGAACCUGGUCGCGGAGCAACUGUUAUACGUUGGGGGAAUCGUGAUAUCAAUAUUGUCGAAGGCAUCUUUGGCCUGCUUCGCAACGCUGGACCUAGGAUGCUCGCCAUCAUGCUCUGGAGCCUGCCUUGGCUGCGUCCCAAGAAGAACGAGUCGACUCGUUCAUGGCUCAGCAGAUUCACGCACAAUAGCACCAUCCAUGACUUGGCCGACAAUGUUCUCGGAUCCAUCUUUGCAGCACGAGGCGAUGUUGUCUUGGCGGAAGUCUUCCUGCACUACUUCCUAAAGGAUACUUCUUUCAAAAAGAUUGGACUUCCACCAGGCGGGACAAUUGAGGUCUGGAAACCUUUGGCACGGCACGUGCAAGCUUCUGGUGGCCAGGUCUGGCUAAACUCAACUGUCUCUAAGUUAUUGAACGGCCCUGAUGGCAGCAUAUCAGGGGCUAUAGUCAAAGACGGAAGUGGUCGCGAGAUCAAAGUGUCCUCUAAAGUUAUUGUGAGCAGCAUCGGGCCACAUGGUACUGCCCUUCUCGCCGGCGCCGAUGUGCUCCCAGCUGAUUACACCGAAACCUUGCAGCGAUGGAAUAAACCAGCUGCUAUUCUGACCAUUCACUUUGCAAGUCAAAAGCCUCUCGCAACUUUCCCCUGUCUUGCCAUGUUCAGCAAGACCCGCCGCUUGGUCUACGCAGGAAACUUCAGCGCUCCCGAGCUCAAUCGCUGCCCCGAAGGAUGGCAUCUGUACUCCGGAGCAUCUGUUCCGAUACCGGCGAUAGGUUCGUUCGACUUGGAGAAAGAAAAGAGUUUGUUGAUUGAGGAUCUGCGCGUCAACUUCCCUGGUUUUGAUGAAGCUAAGAUCCUGGCUAUCGACGUUACUGCCGACGAAUGGCCUGCGCAACGUGCUGUGUCUGGCUAUGAUCAGCCGCAAACUACCCCUUUCCCGAACUUGUUCAACGUUGGAGAUGGCACAAAGCCGUGGGCCUCGGGUGGAACAGCCGCUUGUUCGCGGUCCGGUCAACUUGUUGCUGAGUUGAUCUCCAAACAGUUUCCUUUGAAGAUGUAG